CCCAAAUUGAAGUGAUCCCGUGCAAGAUCUGCGGAGACAAGUCCUCAGGGAUCCACUACGGUGUUAUCACCUGUGAAGGCUGCAAGGUGAGCCCGGGGAUGCCCAGGGACACCCGGGGACGGGUGCCAGUGGGGCGGGUGGCCACAGGGGCUGCGUCAGCAGCGGGCUCUCGGACCUGGACGACAUGCAUGUCGAAGAAGCAGCGGGACAGCCUCUACGCCGAGGUGCAGAAGCACCAGCAGAGCCAGGAGCAGAGCGGUGGCACCAAGGAUGAGCCCGAGCCCCUGAGCCGCGUCUACACCACCAGCGUCAGCAGCGGGCUCUCGGACCUGGACGACAUCUCCACGCUGCUGGAGGGGGGCCAGCUCUCUGCCGAUAUCUCCAUCCUCGAGAUCGACCGGGUGGCCCAGAACGUGGUGAAGUCGCACCUGGAGACGUGCCAGUACACGACGGAGGAGCUCAAGCGCCUGGCGUGGAGCCUCUACUCCCCGGAGGAGGUCCGCGCCUUGCAGAGCAAGAGCUGCGAGGCCAUGUGGCAGCUUUACCCCAUCCAGUACGUGGUGGAGUUCGCCAAACGCAUCGACGGCUUCAUGGAGCUCUGCCAGAACGACCAGAUCAUCCUCCUGAAAGCCGGUUGCCUCGAGGUGCUCCUGAUCCGCAUGAUCCGCGCGUUCAACCCCUUGAACAACACCGUCCUCUUCGAGGGCAAGUUCGGCGGCGCGCAGAUGUUCAAGUCGCUCGGUAAGAGCCGCUUCGCUGCGCCCCUCGGGGUUCUGCGCUCCCUUCGACGCCCGGAUGGGGCUGGGAUGGUUUCCAAGCUGCCCUUGAUGAAGACCAUUUGUAACCUGCACCUGGACAAGCUGGAAUUUUUCCGCCUCCUGCACCCAGAGACCGCCAUGAACUUCCCACCCCUCUAUAAGGAGGUUUUCAACUCGGAGCUUCAGUACAGCGACCCACGGGAGAGCUAA